UUGUGCUUCUUUACGCAUCUAGAAUUUCUUAACGCUUCUGAUUGUUUAAGAAUAUUUUGAUUCAUGUUGGAACACAUCGUCGUCUCGUUCCGAUUAGUGUUUUGCUUUUCAAAAAGUAUCGAAAAUUUAGCCAUACUUUAAAAUCAACAUUUAUAAUUAAGAUGGAACAAAACUGUGAUAAAGUCCAUGUUGUAUAUAGAGGUUUUUGUAUAUACAAAUCAAAUGUUUUUUGGAGGAUUAGUCUUUGGAGUUACAAUCUUUAGUAAUCUUUAAUAAAUGCUACGAUGGCUUUUAUGUGCUAGUUAAGUGAUAUUGAAAGCAACAAGGUACCUACUGAGAGCAAAACAUGGAUUUUCAUAAAACCAGGAAGGUUCACGUAAUCUUUUUUGUCAUUAUAACGGUUUUGACAAUCUUACUUGUCAUUUCACCGCAAUACAUGUAUAAUGCGUGCUCAUCAAAAAUUGACGAGCCUUACCCAAUAGAAAUAUUACAACAACAAGGUUAUGAAGUAAAGAGAAUUCCGAAAAACGGUAAUUUGAAGAAUAAAUCCUUACUUCGUAAGGGAUCAAAUGGUAAAGGAAAUGGAACUCAACUAGUACAGGCAGGAAAAUGUGUCAAACGUUUACCACGAGCGAUAGUUGUUGGAAUUCAGAAAUGUGGGACAACUGCUUUGGUUAAAUUUCUUGGUGCGCAUCCUGAAAUAGCCGCUUUUCAGUACGAGGCACAGUAUUUCUUCGGUAGAAAUUAUCAAAAUCAUCCGAUUGAUUGGUACAGGAAAAUGAUGCCGUGUAGUUUUCCAAAUCAAAUCACCAUAGAAAAGUCGCCUCCAUAUUUCUACAGAAGGGAAGCCGCUAAGAAUAUACGGGAUAUGAAUCCUAAAACAAAAAUAAUUAUCAUAGUAAAAGAUCCGGUUACACGAGCUGUGUCAAUGUAUGCUAUGUUAAAAGAAUACAAGAAAGUUGGAGGGAAAAGUUUCGAAGAUUGCGUGACAUAUAACGAUAAUAAAACAAUCAAUUCAUCUUCAAGAUUCAUCGAAUUUUCGAACUAUCCGAAACAUAUGCAAGUUUGGUUGGAAUAUUUCAACCGCGAGCAGAUCCUGAUGCUUGAUGGUCACCAAAUGGAAUUGAAUCCAGCGAGCGAGUUGAAAAAAGUCGAACGUUUUCUCGGUAUUAAGAAUUAUUUUACGCCAGAAAUGUUUGCUUAUAAUUUAACUAAAAAGAAAUACUGUUUGAAUAUAGAUCCGGAUAAACUAGACUGUUUAACGGAUAAAAAAGGAAGGGAACAUCCUGAUAUAGACAGUGAUAUCAGAAUCUCACUCGAACAGUACUUUAGGCCAUUAAACAAAAGGUUUUUCAAAAUGAUUAACAUGUCAUUUGAUUGGAGUUAUUAGAACUGAAAUGAUGUUUUAGUUUAUAUGCUUUAGACACGAUAUAAAUGUUUCAUAUAUUUAUUUAUCACAUAUCCGUACCGCUUUUGCAAGUCUGUAAAAACGGUAUUGCACGGCCGUGCAUGUAUGUAUAUUUUGACGCGCCGUCAUUUGAGUUUACAAACAUAGUGUAAAGACUUGCUAAAAAGUAGCAUUACGCUAUAUGCGCGUCAAUGUAAAUAAUUCUUUUUCAAAUUUUCAGUCUUUAUUUUGGGGUAUGUUAUAGAUAA